AUGCGCGAGCCUCGCCAGCUGAGUGUUGAGCGUCUGGCGGAAUAACCUGAUUGUGGAGCGUCCAGGUUUCUGCAAAUAUUUGACCCCUUUUGACGCCAUGUAACAUUGCCACGGGCCUCCAGUGUGGGUAGAUAACGUCACGAUAGACGUAGGUUUGUAAAAAGUAUGAGUGGACGCAGUGGAAUGCUUGGUUCUAGUGGUUCAUCACUAGGCGGUUCAGGUUCGUCGUGUGAUCCCAGUAACCAGCCAAUGGAUUUGGCUCAGAAAACAUCUACCAGAUCUCUCGAGUCUGGUGGCAUUGUGAAGAGUGGUGGUACUACAUUAGUCCAUUAUACAACCGGUGGAGUAGCCCAGAUAUUAACUACAAGUGGAGGAACUGCCCAUGUUGUUACUGCAAAGCCUGUGGGUAGAACGGAAAGUAUGGGUGUUGGAGGGCAAACAGUAACUUUAGUGUCCCGAACUUCUGGUUCACCAGCAGCUCUCAACCUAGCUUCUCCUGGGCCUGGUGGUGGAAGUGGCCCGUCUGUGCGUACAGUCGCCCAUCCCGCAUGCUCUACGGCUAAUAACUCUAUAGUCACCACUUCCGCUCAUCUAGCAUAUCAUAUUCCAAGAGGAGCAGCAGCUGUUGCAAAUAUGGCAGCACCUCGGUCACAGACGGUUGCCACUCCCAUUGUUAGAACAACAGGACAACCUCUGAACCACCCAAGUUCAAAUAUUCCUGGACCGCGGAGCGGUGUGCUGGGCCAGCGUGUGGUGCCUGUGUCUACAAGUGCUGGAUGUUUUCGUGGAGCACCGUCCCCGGCUCACACGGGCAAAAUAAGCCCAGCCAUUCAUCAAAACGUCACUGGGACUAGUCUAAGUCUUGGAGUUGCACGAGGAUCUAUGCCUAUGACACGACCGGGACAGCCAUCAGGAUCCAUAACGACUUACCAUGCUGGUGGAAGGGCCACUGGAGUGCCUAGUGGACCCAUCAGGACAGCUGGAAGCAACACAAUGAGAGGGAUGGUUACUGUUGAUGGGCCGAGGGGAACGGGCCCAAAAGCCGUUCACAUAACACAACCUAUAGUUCAACCUCAGAAAUAUGGAACAUCAAUGAGUGCCGUUAUGAGUGGAGGAGGUCGUGGCGUCACACAAGUACCUGGAGCAACAUCGUGUUCUACUGGUACCAUCUACACGGGGAACCCCCUUGUUACCACCAUGGCUGGUCCGAACAUCAACUCCCAGGGCACUAUGAGAACUCAGGCCCCAUCAGCUAUUGCUGUUAGAAUUACUACAGCGCCCAGUCCAAGUUGUCCUUCGUCGUCAGCGGUAACGUCGCAGGCUGGUACACACAUUGGAGCCAUGUCAAUGACUACUUCCUCGGGUGCUGCUCCUGGUGCCAUUUUGACCCAUCAUCCUACUAUGCAGCGAACACAUCAGGAUCAUCAUGUCCCACUCAAAACACCUAUUGUGCGAACACCUGUAGCUGCCCACCAUACGAAUAAAUCGGGUGUUCAGGCUCAAUCCCUAUCAUUUACCGAUGGCCCCAAGGUGAUCACACAACCUGCUCAAGGUCCACCUCUGGCUUUAGCUCAGAUCUCUGGGCUGGCCAGCGUCAAUACCCACAAGACACAGGUCAACACGCACACAGUUCAACAACAUUCUGCAAGUGUUCAGCACAGAGCAGGUGGAGGAGUUGUAGGUGGUGGCGUGGGUCGUGUCAUGGGCGGGUCAGCAAUCCCAGUGGCUAAAGUGCUUCCCCAACAAGCCACUACAACUACCCAGGGACCAAUAUCUGUAGCCACUGCACCUAGACAGUCUCACGGGCAAGUGCGGGCACAGUCUCCUGGACAGGCAACUGAUGGCCAACCAGCUCACACUAGUGUGUUUUUGCAUCGUGCACAUGCUGGGGUUACAGUAACCAGUGGUGUAACGGUGGGCCAGGGAGAGAGAGUUGUGACAACAAUGCCACAGUACAGUAUCACACCGCCGUAUUACUAUGACCAAGGACAGAAUACCUAUCAAGUUAGUGGAACAACCCUUGUACCUCAUGCCUUGAGUUCAACCCACUAUGUUCCUGCCAAUAUGCAAGGUGGAAGUUUGCGAGUAACAGCUGGUCCCUCCAACACCAAUGUUGUUGGUGGGAGUGGAAUAAAUGGACCGGGACAGAUUGGAGAAGGCCCAUCUGCUCAGGGGACUGUUCCUAUGCCAUCGAUGAAGCCAAAUUCAUCUCCUAGACCAUCCAUUCUAAGAAAGAGGCCUGAAAAUGAUGGAAUUCCUCUGAAAGCAACGAAAAACCUGACUGCCGCGCUCUCUCUUCCCAUGCCCUCUCCGCCAUCACCAAAACGACCAGAUUCACGGGGUAAUGGCAAUGCGUCCUCAGGCUCUACAACUAUUUCUGCUAAUUCUUCACCUGACUCUUCCUUAUCAGGACUUCAAAUAGAAGAGAUGGAUGGGAACACUGCCUCGGGGGGUGGUACUGACACACGCACUCCUCCAGGCAUCAAGCAAGAACCACCAGAGGAUGCUACUCUUGUGCUACCAAGGCUGCCAUUACACUCCAUCUCGACUACGGAUUGUUCUGGCAGCGUGACGGCCACCAGUAUCACCACUACACUCUCCGUACCCCAGCCACCUCUUUCAGUCACUGGUCUACACGGGGCUGCUCAGAUGCUAGCUGACGGGCUUUCGCCUAGGAAAAAACCAAGGAAACAACAGCUCAUGGGUAAUGAACUCCAGGAAGCUCGCUCCAGUGAGGACGAUAUGGAUCAUCCACCUUUGAAGAAAAACAAGCGGGAUUUGACAGAUGAUAAUCAUGACUUGGAAGGCAGUGACGAGGAAGGUGGCGGUGGUUGGUCUGAGCCGGGCGGAGGGAGUAGUGGCGGCAGCUGCGGCGGCGGCAACGGGGCUAACACCAUCAGUGCCACUGUAGUUCUCACCAACCGACCCACCAUGUCGCUCUUGAGCAGCUUUCGUCAAACAUGGAAGCCCAGGCAUAACCACUUUGUGAGGCACACGGACGUUAAACCAAAAGAUGAGAAGAGAAUGACAGUUAAUGAAAUUGCUAAUCAGAAGAUGGCUCUUCAGAGAGUUAAUGGGUGGAAGAUUGUUCACUUAUCAGGUCAAGUAGACGAUUUAGUGGAACUGGAAUCUGAAGUUGUUGAUCGCCUUCAUAUGCUCCUUAGCUCAUUAGAAAAGAGAACGCAUCCCCGGAAACCAUACAAGGACUUUGAGAAGGACGUUAACAGAUUGUCUGAGCUCGUAAAAGCUAAUAUUCAGCGAUCCAAAAUAAUUAAGGACCAGAUGUCUGAAGCAAGAUCGCAGAUGACCAAAUUAUUUGACCAUAAGAGCAAAAUUGUGGACAUCAUGACUAAGUACAGCAGUAAGCGAAGUGUGCGGAAGAAAGAAAAAAGUUGAAUUUGUAUGGUUAUCCACAGAUGAACAUUACUGCAUUGUUUGAUAUGAAGUAUUAUUAAAGUAUUUUUGUUAAUCUUUGAGCAUUCAUCCAUGUUAAAAAGUGUACAACUUGUCCAGAUUGAACCAAAUUUAUUUAUUUAUAUUUAAUAAGACUGAUACUGAAAUAAUAUAUUUUUGAUGCAGCCAGUUCCCAUUUGUUUAUCACUGUAUAAUACCCGUGACAGAUGUGUCAAAAUGAAACGGUAUAAAAUACUGUACAACAAAGCACGAUAUUGAGCAGAAGUUAAGUCUUUCCUAAAUGCCUUUGUUUUUCCAGGUAUCUUUACUGGAUUAAAGCUUUCGGCUAUAAACACUGGUGAAUAACAAGCAUUUAAUUUGUUAUAAGCAGUAAUGUAUUUGUAUAGAUACUCCUUAAUUACGUUAAUCUGUAAAUUGGAAGACUUUAAACCAGCCAUUGACGUUGUAUCCUCAUUGAGAAGUGUGUGAAAAUAACUUGCAAAUCUUGAAUGAGAAUUUGCACGUAGAGGUACGUAAAACAAGCUUUAAGAGAGUUGCAUCUUUACGUGGAUGCACAAGCAGUUGGCAGAGUGGUGUAAUUGGGAACAGGUACUAACGUAAAAUAAUUAUUUGUAGUAGUGAUUUAACGAUUAUCACUUUGCAUCAAAUAUCUUGUUUUAAACGUGUUGGCUUUUUUGUUAGUGCAUCGUUAAAUAGGUUAAGUGGCCAAAGGCUACCUCUUCCAACUCGAGUACAAUUUUGUUUGUAUAUUGUACAUAAAGAAAUUUAUUGUUUGCAAUGCAAACCUAUAGUUUGAAGCUUGCAUAUCAGUGGGUAUAUUGUAUUUUAUGGUCUUUACAUGAGCUUUUUCAGUCACCUUAAUUAACCUGUAUGAUUUUAAUGGAAUAGUCUUCCUAGUAAGACUGAAUUGUUUUUCAUUUGUAAUGUACAGUUUUUGGAAGAGUUUGCAUGUGCAAUAAUUAUGCAUAAUUUAGUUUGCCCGUAAGAGUAAAAGAAUUGGCAAGAACUAAUUAAAAAAGAGCACAAGAGAAAGCGCAGCUAAUAAAUACAGUACUGGAAAUAGGCAAGAAAACAUGGCAGAAGACGUCUAAUAUCUAAUGACAUUGUUGAACACUGAUAAUGAACUACGCAUAUAGUUGGUCGUAUUAAGGGUUAAUAGAAAGGUAGAAUUUGCUCUCCUUGCCCUCCACAGGAGACUGGAAACUUUCUAGGAAAGGACAGGAGAGCAGCACCUAAUCUAACCUAUUUAACGACGCUUAAUAUUUGUGAAGGUAAACAAAAUAGAACACAAAAGGCAUCUUAAGACCGGGUAGUCCCCAUGACCCUGCACAUUAGUAUACGGUUCUGUGUUCCAGCAAGAUGUGCAGAGCUUAGUGCUCCUGGUUCAAAACUUUCUGUAUGUAUUAGGGUCUGAAGGUCACCAACCAUGGCCAGAUCUGAGGAGGGGGGGGGGGUUAAUUAAUAUUUCCCACUAAUGUGUACUUCAUUUGUAAAAUAUGAACCUUCAAAAGGGCUUGUUUUCAGAAUGUAUGUGUACAUGUACAUAUUUGUGUGUGUGUGUGCGUGCGCAUUAACAUGAAUGUGUAUUUAUAGUAGUAUGUAUAUGUUUUAGUAUACAUGGUUAUAUAUACAUGUGUAUGUAUUAAUACAUAAAUGUAUGUUUACAUAUGUAUAUAUAAGUGAAUACAUUUUCACGCUUGAAAUGGUAUAUAAACAUUGAUGCAUGUAUGUGCACACACCCUUUUUGUAUAUAUUUCUUCAGGCUUUUAUAUAACUACUGUAAAUCACCUCAGACCUUCCAUACUUAAAAAGGCAAACUUAAAGAUAAAUAUAAAUUUGUAUAUAAAAUGGCUGUAAAAUCACAAAAAAUUGUACAAAUAAAUAAUAGCAAUAUAAUAAAUUCUUACAAUCCUU